UUAUCUUAAACAACAACAAUGACUGUGGUAUAAAAGUAGAUUGUGAAGUCUCUGCACCGAUUUAGGGCAGGCGCAAACAUUUCUUCUUCAAAUGAGUAUAGGAGCAGAGAACCCAUUUCUCUAGAUUGAUAAAAAGGUUCUGUAGAUGAUGGCCCAAACCAUUUCUUUUCCAGGGACAUGCAUUUCUUAUCGAAACUUUACUCGAAGGUGCUUGAGAUCCAAUACACAUUUAUCUGCUUCCUUAACUCAUGCUGAAGGAGUUAAAUUGGAAUAUUCUCCAUGGUUACUUGUUGGAUUAGGAAACCCAGGGAACAAGUAUCAUGGUAUCAGGCACAAUGUUGGCUUUGAAAUGAUUGAUUGUAUUGCUCAAGAAGAAGGCAUUGCCUUGAAUACAAUACAGUCAAAGACCUUACUAGGAAUAGGUUCAAUUGGAGUGGUACCUGUGUUGUUGGCAAAGCCUCAAACCUAUAUGAAUUUCAGUGGAGAAUCGGUAGGAGCAGUUGCUGCUUACUAUCAAGUACAUCUGCGACAUAUCUUGUUGAUUUAUGACGAGAUGAGUUUACCAAAUGGUGUUUUGAGGCUUCAAGCUAAAGGAGGGCAUGGGUAUCAUAAUGGGAUGAAGAGUGUUAUGGAUCAUCUUGAUAAUUCCUGCGAAUUUCCUCGACUGAGCGCAUUGGGAAUCCUCCAGGAACCAUGGACAUGAAAGCUUAUUUGCUGCAAAAGUUCAGUGCAAAGGAGCGUGAACAAUUUUUGCAGGGGCUCUCAAUGUCUAAAGAAAGGUAAAACACACACACACGCACGUGCAUACAUAUAUAGGAUAACACUUACAAACACCUCUGAGUGAAUUUCUAUAAUAUUUUACUCGUGGCUCAUCACCAUUCAAAGUUAUUCAGAUGGACAUGAUUCUCCUGUUUGAAUUUUAGUAGUUUCUCUAGAAAUAUGUUUUAUUUGAAAUUUGGGGUGUAUGUAUAUCUAACCAUCUCUCACAAAAAUAAAAUAUCAAAAAGAUAAAAAUAAAACGAUGAAAAUACACCUGAAAUAUUCAUAGGCAUAAUUUGAUUAUUUUUGUAUUUGAAGUAUUUUUUAUAUUUCAUUUAGGUGUACCUCACUAAGGUGCACAUACCCACAAAAUUUGAGUUAAUUGAUUUGUAAAAAGUAUUAAAAUUCAAAUAUCAUCAAACAAUUGUGACUGUUUGAUAGUCUUUGGAUGGUGAUGAAACAUGAAAGACAUACUGUAUAAGUUUACUCGUGCGUGUGUGCGUCCAUCCGUGGGGUUGGGCGCUGGGCAGAUCUUGUGAUACUCUGGAAAUUUAAUUUUCUCAGAUCUUGUGAUACUUUGCAAAUUAGUUUUCCUUUUUAAGUGAUAUUCUUGUCUUGGUAUUUGGAAGUUGGUGUUACUAUCGAUGGUCUUGCUGAUAAUUUUUGGGUUAGAUAAAUGCUGCUCUAUGGCAAGGUGUGGAAGCAGUGAGAACUUUAGUUUUAGAAGGCUUCGAUGACAACGUCAAUCGAUUUAACCUUCGCCAGAAGUACAAGUAUCACCAGGUGUGAUGAAAAUUUGCUCGGUUAGAUUGUAGUUUUUGUUAUUGUACCCUUCUUUCUUCUUGAUCAUCAUUUGUUGUAACAUUGAGUUCUUUAUUUUGACCAAGAGGUUUGGGUUGCAAGUUACUGAUGUGCUGAGCCUUUUCGAAAUCAAGGCCUUCUCUUACUGAACAAGACUAUCUCCUACUAAAAUCGAAGGCUUUGCCUUUGAACA